GGCCUGCUCCCGCGGUGGGGCCGGGCCGCUCCGCCCCGGGGCGGGCGGCGGCGCCACGUCGGCGCUGCGGGGCGGGCGUGGUGCGGCGGGGCCAUGCUGCGGGCGGUGCGGGGCGGCCGGGCGGCCGAGCUGGCGGCGGAGGCGGCGGUGCGGGCCCUGCUGCUGGCCGCCUUCCUGAUCAUGGAGUUUUUGCCUCCGUUUCAGCGCGUGGUGCAGCCUGAAGAGAUGUGGCUUUAUAAGAACCCGUACGUAGAAGCGGACCACGUCCCCACAGUGCCCAUGUUUUUCAUCGCAUUUCUGUCUCCCUUAUUGCUCAUUGUCCUGGCAAGGGUGUUCAUGAAUGCCGACCGAGAAGACACGCAGGAAGCCUGCCUUGCUGCCAGCCUUGCUCUCGCCCUGAACGGGGUUUUUACAAAUGCCCUGAAGCUGAUUGUGGGGAGGCCACGGCCAGACUUCUUCUAUCGAUGCUUCCCAGAUGGACGAGCGAACGCAGAGCUGGUGUGCACAGGCGACCCUGGCAUAGUGACUGAGGGACGCAAAAGCUUCCCCAGCGGACAUGCUUCGUUCGCCUUCGCGGGUCUCGCCUUCUCUGCCUUCUACAUAGCUGGGAAGCUUCACUGCUUCACUCCUGGCCGGGGAAGCAGGGCUCUGCGCCUCUGUGCCUUCCUCCUCCCACUGUUCCUCGCCACCCUCAUCGCCGUGUCCCGCACCUGCGACUACAAGCACCACUGGGAAGAUGUGUUGGUUGGCUCAACGAUCGGCUUCGUGCUUGCGUACCUCUGCUACCGGCAGUAUUACCCUCCUCUGAUGGACUCCGUGUGCCACAAACCAUUCCUGUACAAGUCCAAACAACUGCCAGCGCACCAAGAAAGGCCUGCAGUUUCCAGCUUCCACCUAGAUAUAUAGCGAUGGGCUCUGGCUCUGUCCUGCCAGCACCUUUCCUGCUGCUCCUUGUGCGAGGGCAGGGGAAGGCUUUGGGGAGUUUGGUCUGCGACAAGUGGCUCAAAUGAGGAUGCACCCGAAACCCAAGCAGGCGCGCUCUGCAGUGCUGGUAAGUUGUCCUGCACAGGAGCCUGUGCUGCUUCGUUAACUGAAUUUUGUAGGCAUCCCUUCCUUUGGGCCCACUGCAAAGCGAGCCAGGCACUUGGCACACAAGCCUGCAGGAGGACAGCCCGGGUACGAAACGUCCUGGAGCAAGAACUGGAAAAAUUGUGACAAUCUGGUGUGCCCCGUCCAGCAGGGGUUCUUGUGUCCAGUCCAGAGAAAGCGCCAUCAGUGGUCUCCCUUCAAUCCAGCCGAGCUGUCCCGUCCCUUCUUAGGGGAAGCGUGUGCCGAAAGGAAGUGCCGGACCCGCUCCUGGCGCCGGCUUUGAGUCCAUCUUUUCAAUCACAGCUGAGCUAAUUGGGAGUAACGAGCACAAGGUUGCAGUCUUUAACCAUGGAUAAAAUCAGGGAGAGGGAAGAUGAAACUAGCAUGGUCCUUAUUUGUAUUAUUGUGCUAGGCCUAAUUUUUUUUCUAAUUUGCCAAAUAAAGGAGUUUAAUUUUCUUAA